AUGACUUCUCCGCGAAGGGCAUCCCCCGUCUGUCGCCAUGGAGACUCCCUCGAUGUCACCCUGACGCGAAGCUUCACUGCAAACGCCGAACAAUAUUCCACUUCGAUCAUCGCAACGAAUAUCGCACCCGUCGGCGACGAGACGCAAUUACCAGAGUAUGAAGUGAACUGGGUCGAUGGAGACCCCGAAAACCCUCGGAAUUGGUCACUCACGUACAAGGCACUUGUGGUGGGAUCAAUGGGAUUUGGAGCCACAGUCAUCGCUCUCGCCAGUACCUGUUAUUCAGUGACGAUUCCCGGCCUGGAAGAAGAAUUCGGCAUCACAAAGAUGAUCGGGCUUCUGGGAAUCACCACAUAUCUUUUGGGAAUGGCAGCGGGAAGUUUGCUGCUAGCUCCUUUGAGUGAAAUGUACGGUCGUCGUCCCGUGUAUUUCGCCUCCGUGGGUCUGUUCACAAUCUUGACUUUGCCCGUUGCAUUGGCCCGGAACAUUGAGGCAAUCUUGAUAUGUCGGUUUUUCAGCGCCUUUUUCGGCAGCGCCAUGAUGUCCAAUUCGCCUGGAUCGGUCAGUGAUAUUGUUUCAGAUCAUCACCGGCCUAUGGCGUUCGGUUUCUGGGCUAUUGGUCCAUCCAAUGGACCAGUUCUCGGAUCGAUCAUCGGCGGUUUUGUCUAUCAAUAUCUUGGUUGGCGAUGGACGAACUGGAUCAUCAUGAUAUUGGGCGGGUUGUCAUUUGGCUUAUUGGCCUUAGUCAAAGAGACAUAUACCCCCAUCCUGCUUCGCAAGCGAGCACAGAAGAAGAGGGAUGAUACCAAUGACUCGAAAUGGUGGAGUUCUUAUGAUAAUAAUCUGCCUUUCCUCACUUUCUGUCGUAUUAACAUCAGCCGCCCACUUGUAAUGUUAUUAACGGAGCCUAUUUGUAUCUUCUGGGACUCAUACGUGGCCAUCUCAUAUGGUAUCCUCUACCUCUGUUUCGUCUCGUACCCAAUUGCCUUCCAAGUCAACCGAGGCUGGUCUCCAGGCAUUGGUGGCCUUUCAUAUCUUGGAAUCGGAUGUGGUACAUUGGCUACCAUAUGUUUGGAGCCUGUUUUGCGUUUUUGGAUCCAUUCACAUCCAAAGGAUCCCGAAACAGGAGUUGUGCCACCAGAAGCCACCGUGAAGCCGAUAACAAUCGGGGCUAUUCUUCUAGCCGUGGGCCAAAUUUGGUUCGCUUGGACUUCGACACCGAACGUGCACUGGAUCGUGCCAAUUUUGGCGGGAAUUCCGUUCGGAGCUGGAAAUGCCGCUUUGUUCAUUUAUUCCAGCAACUAUCUUGCUCAUUCUUAUGGGCAAUACGCUGCCUCGGCUUUGGCAGGAAACACAGUUGUGAGGAGCAUCAUGGGUGCCGUUUUGCCACUCGCGGGCCCUUCCAUGUACGCCUCGCUGGGGCUGAAUUGGGGUGGUUUUCUUUUAGGGAUGGCGGAGGCAGUCUGUAUUUUGAUCCCUUUCGUUUUCUUGUAUUACGGCCACAGAAUCCGGCAGUCAAGCCCAUUGAUUCAGCGAAUGCAGCAAGAGAAGAAGGCCAGUUUUGCGGCGACAUUGGACUUUGGAGAAGAUCCAGAAUCCAGCGCUCGCUGA